AUGGUUAAUUUUAGAAAGGAAAAUGACAAGGCCCUCUCAGGCGGCGGCGGCUGCGGUGGUGGCGGUGAUGGAGGCGGCGUGGGUGGUGGCGGUGGUGGUGGUGCUGAACAAGAGAUGCUCAGCGUGUUCAAGCAAACUGGAAGAUUGAAAUCAACACCUUCUGUUGCUCUUCACGCGGUAAUGGAAGCUAUGAUGAUGAACCCAUCUGCUUGUUCGAUCUUUGCGAUUGAGUUAGUUGACAUGUCCACAAGCAUUGAACCCCAAACCAGGGGUGGACUGGUACUGCAGUCGCCAGGAGAUCCCACUCCUCUAGUCACCUUAGAACUGUCAAUGAGUUCAGAUCAACCUCAACCGUUCGUUGAUGUUUUGAAAGCAGCAGAUGAGAGAUUGCUUACAUAUUGCCCCUGUAGAGAAAUCUCAGCCACCGAAGCAUUUCCUCCAGGUUUUGGACGAAAUGCUCAACGUAUUAGUGCAGACGAAAUCUCAGCCACCAGAGCAUUUCCUCCAGGUUGUGGAAGAAAUGCUCACCGUAUUAGCACCGACAAGCACCUGAACUCUGUUUCUUCUGAAAAAGGCAAUAGCGUUGGCUGUGAAAGAACCAUUUUGGAGCAUAGGCCUUCUGAGAAGACAGUCAGGAAUGAAGCCAAUCAUGCUGGAAAGGAAGUUCAGGAUGGAUAUGCCUGCAGGCAUUCUCUAGUGGGUGCUUCAAACUGUCCCUGCAAACAAGGAAAACAGGUCACUAUAUAUAACUCGAGUGGUACAAUUGGAAUAAAUGCAAAGAAGCAUAAACUCAUGGAGAUGGGAAAGUCUGUAUCUGCUUCGAGUGAAAAGAAACAUAAAACAGAGAAUUCAGGAGGAUUAAUUACAGAGAAGAAAGUGCCUCCUAAAGGAAAGGUUGCUUACUUAGAUCCGGGUCAACUUUUUGCCAUGUAUAAGGAUGAUAAUGCAUGGCAUGAUACUGAAGAUGAAAAUGUAAUUAAUGGCUGCAAAGCAAAUGUUUCGCACAACACAGACAUUAAGGCUCUCAAUCUGUUUAGGAAUAUUUUGAAGGAAGAGGGGAAAAUGUCAAAGGAGCGAGGAAAUUCAACCCACCGGAUUGAUUUGCUAGCAUAUGAGUGUCUAAAGAAAACACAUAUGUGGGUUAACCCUGGGACAGCAAUCUUGGGUUCCAUCCCAGGGGUUACAGUUGGUGAUAAAUUCCAGUACAGAGUGGAGCUCUUAAUUGUUGGUCUUCAUCGCCCCUUAGAGUCUGGCAUAGACUACUUAAAGAAAGGAGGAAAAAUUAUUGCCACAAGUAUUGUUGCAUCUGGGGGUUAUGACAAUGACACGUCUGAUCCUGAUGUCUUGGUUUAUAGUGGUCAGGGCAGCAAGUCAAGGAAAGGAGAUAAGCGACCCAAGGAUCAAAAGCUCAAAGGAGGAAACCUUGCACUUAAGAACAGCAUUGGUGAAAAAAUUUUUGUAAGGAUUGUUAGUCGGGGAACGAUAAUUUCAGAUUAUGUCUACAAUGGGUUUUACUUGGUGGAGCAAUAUUGGGCAAAAAGAGGGGAUUAUGGGAAUCUAAUCUUUAAAUUUCAGUUGAGAAGAGUUGCAGAUCAGUUGAAGCUUCAUUCAAGGAAGAAUUAAAAGAAACAGGAAGUACUGGUAUUGUUGGACAUGGUCUAUGUAGAUAGUGGUGCUAACAACUAAAGUUUGGAUUUCAGGUUGGUCAAAGAAUGUUAGUUAUCACGGAGGAAAAUUACCUAGUUUUGUUAUACUGUUAUGUUUCCCUUUUUCACUGUAAGUUGCUAAAAUCUAUGGCAUUUCUUAAAUUUUGUAGCAAAUAUGAUGCAUUCUCUGCCUUU